ACUUUAUUUUAUUUCAUCUUAUUUUAUUUCAUUUUAUUUAAAAUGUUAUUUAAGUUAGAAGAGUAAAAAUAACAUGCAUGGGUAAUAAAAUUACAAAAGGAAUCAUAUUUCGUCCAUCGAAAAGUCUCGAAGAGAUAAACAUACGGGAACGAUUCGGUCAUAAUUCUCAGUAUCGAGUGUAAAAACAAAAUUCUCAUUGUCAUACACUCGAGUAAUCCGCUAAAGAAUGCCGAUGAAAAAUUUGUCUACAGUUCGAGGACUUACAAAGAGUCUUUGUUAGGUACUCGAGUUACAGAGGAUUAAGACGUUACAAUGUUUAGAAGUUACAGUGUUGUAGUGUAAACAACAAGUCGAGGCAUGUAAACCUCUCACCCCCCAUGGAGCGAGGUGCAGAGUCGAAGACAUCGACACGUGCCGCUACAGUAAGAGCGAGAGGCUCGCAGUUCCAGAAAAUUCUCGGAAGUUGGCGGGGAAAUGCAAGCCAGCCACACGUACCCUUAAGUGGGGUAACACUAGUAGUGGGUACGAGGACCUCUGAGAGUCCCUAAUUGGCUAAGACGCUCGGGUAGAAACUAAUAACCAAUUACAGACACCCGAAAAGAAUAAUUUGGGGGUACAGCGAACAUAUCGCCACCACCCGAUAGAGUCAUCCAUUGUCCAUCACAUCUUGGUGAUUUUUCGUGCGCUUCAGACGUGUCUGCAGUUUCUCAAAAUUUUAUCAAAGUUCUUUGUGCUUAACAGCGUCCAUUUUCCAUUCAAUUACGUUUAAUACAGUUAUUAAAAUAUUGCAUUCAACUACAGAUAAUUAAUCUAAUAAAUUAAUUAUUCAUUAAUUGAUAGUAAUAUCAAUUAAUUACAAAUUAUUAUUCAGUAUAAUAAAUAAAUAUCUUCAUUUGUUAUACCGAUUAAUACAGUUACAGUUUUGUUCAAUAAUUAUUCUUCAACAAUUAUUAUUUAAUUGUUGAAAAGCUACAGAGUGAUUUCUUAAUUGUUUUACAAUUACUAAAUCAUUUAAUUAAAAUAAUUUUAACAGAUUUCUGUUAAAUAGUUACAGUCUGAUUUAUUAAUUAUUUUUAAUAAUUAGUAAAUUAAUCAAGUCAACGCUACAGGAAAUAUUUCACGAUAGAUUCAGUUAUUGUUUAAUAAAUCAAAGAGUGUUUAUAGUGAAACAGCACGUAUUUACAGAAAAACCAUUCAUCAGCGUCGAUCUUCGAUAAGGCUACAGUAUGUCGGGACAGGAUACUAGGAGUUUGGAGAAGGAGAUGGAGGGCCUCGAAGAGGUCCUGUUGAUCGACAUGUCCGUCGACGAUGACGACAUAUCGACGGCUACAACAAUGCCGGAGAUUAAUUUGGGAGACGACGAAGUGAGUAAUCCCUCCCGGAAUGAAACGCUACAAGAUCAGGAAGCGUUUGGCUACAGGAAUAGAGAUUUGGGAGACGACGAAGCGAGCAAUCCCUCCCGGAACGAGAUGCUAGGAGAUCAGGAAGCAUCAGGUUACAGUCAAGAGCAGGAAGAGAUGCUAGGAGAUCAGGAAGCAUCAGGUUACAGUCAAGGGCAGGAAGAGAUGCUAGAAGAUCAGGAAGCAUCGGGCUACAGUCAAGAGCAGGAGGAAGCCAAUCAGGAGGAGUAUGCCAGCGAUACAGGUACAGAUACCGACAGCCUGUACGAGGGUCUACCAGGAGAGCUGCCGAUGAGGCUCGAUGAAAACACGCUCUGGGACCCUAUCCGCCCAUACGUCAAGCACCUGAGAUGGCUUGACCACUUUAAACCUGGUCUGCUGAAGGCACUGGGGAAAGUAGCUGUUCGUAUGAGCCACCCCAGAGACAUCGGCUGUCCGCUCCAGGAAUUAUCUGGAGUAAAGUUCAAGAGAGCAACCACGAGUGACAUCAGAGACGCUAAUGCCACUCGUGACAUCGGAGUGCAGGUCCAGCUGCUGACAGUUGUGAGUUCCAGCACUCAGACCGAACCAGCCGAGAUGACGUUACAGACACCUAUGGAGGUGGUACAUGAGUCAAUUCCAGCCACCCCAGGAACCGGAAUCACAGGAGUGUCGUCAACCUCGACACCACCAAGCACCGUUCCAGUCAAUAAGGAGGUACCACCAGCUCGAACCUCGGGGUCCAGUAAAGAUCGACCGAAGUCACCCUCAGGAUCAGCGCGCCAAUCACUACUGGAUUGGAAUAAGAGGAUACGGGAGAGGUCAGUAGCCCCAUUAACUGUACCGACACCACCAAGAGCACCAGAAAGAAAACCAUCUUCGGUGCAAGACAGGCUCCAGCGUGCUCGAGAACCGGCACACAGCACAACAUCAGCUCUAGGAAGAGAGAACACGGCUCCAGCAGAAGAGGCGAAGAGGAAGCAGUUCACGUGGAUGGGCAAGCCACGUCUCUGUUGGAACUGCCGCAAAGAAGGGCACCCAUUCAGCGCAUGCCCAGAAGCCAGGAAGACCUUUUGCCAGAUGUGCGGCAGGGCUAAUUAUACAGCCCGUACGUGUCCUAGUUGCGGCGAAAAAUGGAAAGCAAUGGGACCGUACAAGAAGGAGUACGGAGGAAAUGUUCCUCGGGAGCAGCUAAGGAAGGCUCCCCGACAUCGAGAGGACGAACAGUCACCUAAUCGUGGUCGACCAUACUAAGACUCCGUCUCCAGGUUACAGAUCAAAGGCAACGACAUUGGCGCUACCGGACAACGAUUACAUGAUUUAAGAUUAAUGCUACAGUUAAAUAAAAAAGUGUUUCGUACCUCGCUACGGCGUCGUACUUACAGUGGCUUGGACCGAGUUGAGUUAUGAGAGGUUGUGAAACCGUAUGUUACAGGCAAAUUUGCAAAAACCUGCAUAGGUUUAAUUAAUAGUAUGUCUCAGGACAUACGUAAUACCGCUACAGUUAAAUAUUUCAGGUCGUGGGUUCGAGAAAACAGUGUUAAAAGUUUCGAGGAUGAGAGAGUUCGAACCACGAUCAUGGUAAAGAGAGAAUCAUCAUAGUAACAGCAGUACAGUUCCAGAGUCAGUGAUACAACGUAUAAUCAAGACAACAAUCACCGUACCGUAAAAUCUUCCCCAGGAGGACGGGAGUUGUGACGUUAUUUUUCGUAUGGGGGUCAAAUCAAAGUGAACGUCACAAACACCAACGAAUUUUAUUGUAUUUACAAGCAUGGUAAUUCAAGACUCAUAAUUUAGCUUACAGUAAUUUACGAUUUUAUUACAGAUUUUUGAUUAAGUUAUAGUUUAAGAAUUAAAUAUGGAGUAACGUCUGGCUACAGUUAUGAAAUUUUGGGAUAAAGAAAAUAAGAAUUAGAAUCAGAAUUAUGGGAAAUUAUUAUGGGAUAUGGUUUGAGAUUAAAGUUUUGGGAAAAUGAUUGUUUGAGUUUUGGAUUUUUGGUAUUUUGAGUAUGUGGACGAGUCAGUGUUACCGUGGAGCGGGACUUAAAUUAGUCACCCGGUAUCAUCUGAUGAUAGAACCUAGUUCUAUCCCUCUGAGACUUCUUGGUUAAUUGCAGAGGUCUAGCUGAGAUGCUAGUGCUCCAGUAUAUAAGGAAUUUGACGGAUGCUGAAUGGGAUCAGUUUGGAGUUUUGGUUUGGCAGGCCUCAACAGUAAUUUUGUGACCGUUGCUGUUGUGGAAGCCGUUUGGUCAUUUUUAAAUUAUUAGUCUGACAGGCCUCAGAGGACAAGUCAUGACCACUUGUACCGCUGAGGAAGUCAUAGGUCACUUAGUUUAUAAGUUUUAUGAUCCCAGCUGAAGUCUGUUCCAGGAGAGCAACUGCCAAGGAUAUCCAUCCUCAGAAUGAGUUUAGUGAGUACGUUUGGCGAGGACUUGAGCCUCCAGUUACCGUUAUAGUAAAGAUUGGGUUGGAUUUGAGAAUUUAGAAUAUAGAGGUCAGUUAUUGAUAACGAUAGGAUUGAGUUUGGGGUUUUUAGAAUUGAGAAUUGAGAGAAAGAAGUCGGAGGGAGACCUUCGAGGAGUACGGACGUGGGCAUUCGACUCUAGUCGCUUGAAGCGAGUAGACGUGUGCAGUAAUGGCGCUACAGUUCAAGGCAUUGUGGAAAGCUACAGAUUGAGAUUAUUGAUACAGAAGUAUUAUUUAAAACAGUGUAAGACGUUACUUGAUAUUUAUUCACCAGACAUCAGGUAUGAAAUAAUUAUUAUAAAUAAUUAAUCGAGUUCGAAUCAAAAGUCUUGAGGUAUUAUGCUCCUGUUUUAAUUAAAGAAAAGAUUCAAUAUCUGAGAGAAUUAUGAGAAUAAUGUUACAUUUUUAGAGUCACGAUCAUGUUCCAUUGUUAAUAUUAUUUAUAAAAGAAUUAUAAGAAAUAUGUUUGAUUGUUAAACUAAUUAUUGUCUAAUUAACAUCGAAAUGAGACCCAUGUACGUUAGUUUUACGAUUUUGCUAAAGAGAAUGUUCUAGAGUAUCGAGUCUAUAAUUAUCGUUCUAGUUUACCAAAUAUUAUUUGAUUAUAAUUUAGUUCUAGUUAAUUAAUUGAUUUAUUUGUAAGAUAUCGAUACGUAUCAUUUAGACGUCAAUUCACCUUCUGUUAAGAUUAAUUUUAUUAUAUUCAGCAUUCGUUAUAGAGAAAAAUAUCAUUUGUACUGAGCUACCGUAUUUUAUUUAUUGUUAAAUAGAGUUUUGAGAUUAUUGUUGUUAAAUAAAAGUUGCAAAUUAAAAAUGGAUCUACAUGACUUUGGGGAAUGAUGUAACCCGGACCACUCCCUCUCUCCAUAAACCUACACACUGAGCGACACCAUGGCAUACCGUAACUCUGUUUUUAGUUUUCCAGUCUCCGUUUUGUUUUGCUAAUAAGUUCUGAGCAUUUUGUUAAGUUUAGUUUUAGUUUUGUUUAUGCGUGGUUUUGGUGAUAAUUCCACAGAUCAAAAAUUAUCCAAAAUUUCAUGAUUUACUGGUUUGGUGAUUCCAGUGAUUAAAAAUUACCUGGCGCCCUAUCCGUAUUGAGACUGGAGGCUAAAGGCAGAGAACGAAGUUAUAGCGCAGAAAUUAGCGUCUAGUUUUUGUGUUAUA